UUUCAUUCAUUGUCUCGACAUGCCGGCAUAAUGUCCACCGAGUAAAACGGGAUUUUUUCCUAUUCGUGUAGUACUGCGUUGUUUGUGUAUUGUUUUUAUUCGAUAUUAACCUUUGUGAUAAUGCUGUGGUUUGCACACCCUAUUAGCAUCAAUAGCUAUUAUGAAUUCCGUCAAUUUGAACGCACCUUAUUUGGAGAUACCUAAAUAUUAAAACGGAAUAUUGCCUUUUUAAGAACAUCAGCAACGCGAUGGGGAUAAUAUUCACUGCAUUUCUAGCAAUAGUUAUGGCUCCAUGCGUUAUUCAAAGGAUAUGUACUGCAAAACCUAACCAUCCACCAUCCAGCGUCUGCAUACAUCGUUUGGACCAAAGGAAAUUUUGCGUUUAAUGAUCGUAUUGUUGAAAUAACAAUUAAAUAAUAAAUCUUCAGUUGUGCUUCGUAUAUAGAAAAGCAAUAAUAAAUGACAAUCUAGUUAUAGGAACCUAAAUAUAAAUACUCUUACAUGUUAAUAUUGAGGUAUAAUGAUUUUGAUGAAAAAUUAACAACUAAACAUUUGACUUCUGCAUUUUUAACAAUUGCUGUCCGAAUCUAAAUAAAACUACUCAAACGUUGCUGAACUGUUGACAAAUGUUAUGGAUCUGUCAAAUUUUAGGUGUUUCAUAACUCCUGUUAAUGCUACAUUAAUACUUGAAAAGAUAUCAAUAAAUUUUAGAUCAGAUUUUAUUAUAGUAAUGUUUUUAUUAAGUAAACUCCGGAGGUUCCUUGGAAUAAAAUUAAUUAAGUAGGAAUAUGCUAAGUAUGUAAAAAUAGUCAAUGGCUUUAUGAAUUAAAAAGAAAUUGGCGAUUAAAAUAUCAAAAGCUAGCGAGUUGUAAAGAAUCGCCAGUGUAUCGUGGUAGGUGGGCGUGACUCAAGCUAGGAUGCGCCCGCUAAUAAAUCACAGAUCUCACCGGAGCGCACGCGAUUGGAGGUGCUGCAUCGGCUGCAAGUGGUUGCGUUGUUGCUGCUCUUGUUCUUACGCGACAGACUAAUAAAAUAUUAAUGAUGACUUGGUUGUUAGCCUUCGUGAUGCUCGGCGCUUUUGGAGGAGUUUAUCAGACUACAACAGGAUGCAAGAACUGCAUCGCAAUGGGAAAGGAGGAAAAGGCUAUGUUCCGUGCCCACUCGGACGCAUGCUUAACGCACUCCGGAGUUGAUCUCAAGCUUGUAGAGUUACUCCUGAAUGGAGAACUUGUUGAUGAUCAAGCGCUCAAAAGCCAUGUCUACUGCGUCCUUCUUAAAUGCAAAAUGAUCAGCAAAGACGGAAAACUCCAGAAAGCGGCAAUACUGGGCAAAAUGGCUAACAGAGCAGACGGAAAGAAUGAUACCAAGGCAUUGGAGAGCUGCGCCAACCAGUCCGGAGACACUCCUGAGGACAUGGCGUGGAAUCUGUUCCGGUGCGGUUAUGACAAAAAAGCUUUACUCUUCAACUACAUGCCCACCGUUAGUGAUGGCAAGGGCGACUCGGAGAACACGUCCAAUUAAUCAUUAAUGUUAUUCAGCCUAUUCAUUAAAAUAUAGCGAAAAGAUAAAAAUUCAACCUGUUAAAGUCGGAUUUACAUUUGUGUCUGUCAUUGUAGAAGUGGUGUAAGUCCAUAUUUAAAAAAACAUAUAAUGGUAUCACAUUUCAUCAUAUCCUGCAUUAUAAACAAAUUAUUAUACCUUCGAUUUGUUUAACAAUGAAAAAUUUAAAACACUGAAUGAACACUUGCAUUUUUUUCCUACUCAUUAAUUUGCAAAAAGAUCGUUGUUUAAAAAUUUUAUUACAAAGAGAUAAUUUACUUUUACAAUGAACGACACAUCGUGACGCGUCACAACGAUGUCGGUUCCAAACACACAACACAAGCCGUCUUACGGCACACUAAUAUAAAUCUAACCAUAUUAAAUGUAUGAAACCGAUACCGUUCUGAAAUGUCAAGACACGACACGUCAGACAAAUGUAAAUCCGGCUUAGCUAAAAUUCGCAAACCCACCUAGCACACAAAAUAUGUAACACCAUUUCUCACUAAUAACUGGUAACCAAUAAAAUAUCGUGGUAUCAUUUUCGUGUGAAUUACAUUGUUAAAUCUCUGCUAAUAACGAAUAAAUACGUCGUUGCGGCGACAUGAAUACACUAUUUUACUCACAUCAAUAAAAUUGUUUUUCUU